CUCCGACAAUAGAAUUGUAGAAAGAGGAAAAAGUUCAGGAAAAAGAAAAAUAUAUAUACAAAGGGGGGAAAAAAGCUAAAAAGCUUCAAAUAUUCAUCAAUGGCGGUUCAUAGGUUUUCUAGGGUUUUGUGAUAGGCAAUUCCUUUAGAGCUUCAAUGGAAAUGCCCUGGAGAAGAUCCAAUUACUCUCUCCUUAGCCAGUAUCCCGACGACCAGUUCUCGGUGUCCAUAUCGGGAGCUCCGCCUCCGUAUUACGAUUCGAUUUCAAGCGAAGCCGCAAGUAGCAAGAACAAAGUGAAAUUGGAGAGAGGUUUAACUGAUUGGGAUCAGAGUCAGAGUCAAAACCACGCCCAGCUACAAGCAAAUCGAAUCUGUGGCGGCGGCGGGGGAGGAGGAGGGAAUACUUUUGCUUCGUCGAUCGGUCUUCAACGGCAAUCGAGCGGGAGUAGCUUUGGUGAGAGCUCUUUGUCGGGAGAUUAUUAUGUGCCGACCCUUUCUACGACGGCGGCUAACGAGAUGGAUGCGUUCGCUUGUGGUAACGAUGGGAGCUCUGGGCUUGUGGAUUUGAGAACGAAAAUUGGGGGUUCGUCGUCGGGGAAAAGCUGGGCGCAGCAAACGGAGGAGAGUUAUCAGUUUCAGCUGGCGUUGGCUUUGAGGCUUUCUUCGGAAGCUACCUGUGCUGAUGACCCAAAUUUUUUGGGUCCGGUUUCGGAUGAUUCCGCAACAACUAGCUCAAGCUCUGCUGAGAUAGUUUCCCAUCGGUUCUGGGUGAGUGGUUGCUUAUCAUAUUUCGAAAAGGUUCCUGAUGGGUUUUAUUUAAUUCAUGGAGUUAAUCAAUAUGUCUGGACUAUGUGCACUGAUCUGCAUGAGCAUGGGCGAAUUCCAUCAAUUGACUCUCUAAGAUCUGUUGAUCGUGCGGUUGGUUCACCACUAGAAGUGAUAUUAGUUGACCGAAGAAAUGAUCUCGGCAUAAAGGAACUCCAAAAUAGAGUCUAUAACAUUUCUCGUAGCUGCAUAACCUCAAAAAAAGUUGUUGAGGAGUUAGCACAGCUUGUCUGCUGUCGCAUGGGGGGUUCAUUUACAACUGAAGAGGAUGACUUGUUUUCAUAUUGGAGGGACUGCAGUGAUGAUUUAAAAGAUUGCUUAGGUUCAGUUGUGGUUCCCAUAGGUAGCCUGUCCGCUGGCCUUUGCAGACAUCGAGCUUUACUAUUUAAAGUGCUAGCUGACACAAUUGAUCUACCAUGUCGGAUUGCAAAGGGAUGCAAAUAUUGCAAAAGAGACGAUGCUUCCUCUUGCCUUGUUCGCUUUGGGCUUGACAGGGAGUAUCUUGUUGAUCUAAUUGGAAACCCAGGUUACUUAUGCGAGCCAGAUUCCUUGCUCAAUGGUCCUUCUUCCAUCUCAAUUUCUUCCCCAUUGCGCUUUCCACAUCUCAAACCAGCUAUACCUGCCACUGAUUUCAGGUCAUUGGCCAAACAAUACUUUUCAGACUGUGAAUCACUUAAUCUUGUAUUUUAUGAUGCUACAGCAGGUACUUUUAUGGAUGAAGAAAAGAAACUUGGUAACAUUGGCACAGACAGAAAUAACCAUGUGCAGAUGUCAAGUAAUAUGAAUGAUGUCUCACAGUUACCCCUACGUUAUAGUGCUAAGCCACCUACUCAUGAUAGAGAUUCCCAGUUUUCACAGUCUAUAAUAAGCUCAAAGAACAUCAUUAAAGAUCCUUUAAAGCACGUCCCUCCUCUAGGGCAUAGAGAUGUCCCAGAUCUAGUCUUGGCUGGCCCAAUGGGGGGUUCCACUAAGGAUUCAAGGUUUGCUAAGGGUAAUCAACUUGUUCCUGGAAAAAGAAGUAGAGAACUUGUCCUUGAAGUUGAUGAUUUGGACAUUCCAUGGAGUGAUCUUGUUUUAAGAGAGAGAAUUGGUUCUGGUUCUUUUGGAACCGUUCAUCGUGCUGAAUGGAAUGGCUCAGAUGUUGCUGUGAAAAUUCUCAUGGAACAGGAUUUGCAUGGUGAGCGUUAUAAAGAAUUUUUGAGUGAGGUUGCAAUAAUGAAACGUCUACGGCAUCCAAAUAUUGUUCUUUUUAUGGGAGCUGUUACUCAGCCCCCUAACUUGUCCAUAGUCACAGAAUACUUAUCAAGAGGUAGCUUGUAUAGGCUUUUGCGUAAGCCCGGUGUGGGAGAUGUGUUGGAUGAAAGGCGUCGCUUGAGUAUGGCUUAUGAUGUGGCAAAGGGAAUGAAUUAUCUUCAUAGACGUAAUCCCCCUAUUGUUCAUAGAGAUUUAAAAUCACCAAACCUUUUGGUUGACAAGAAAUACACGGUGAAGGUUUGUGAUUUUGGGCUUUCUCGUUUGAAGGCAAACACAUUUCUUUCAUCCAAAUCAGCAGCUGGAACUCCUGAGUGGAUGGCUCCAGAAGUUCUCCGUGAUGAGCCAUCAAACGAGAAGUCUGAUGUAUACAGUUUCGGUGUAAUUUUGUGGGAGCUUGCAACAUUGCAACUACCAUGGGGCAAUUUAAAUCCAGCACAGGUAGUAGCAGCUGUUGGUUUCAAGGGCAAAAGGCUUGAUAUUCCUCGGGAUUUGAAUCCUCAAGUAGCUGCCAUAAUCGAGGAUUGCUGGGCCAAUGAGCCUUGGAAGCGUCCAUCAUUUUCCAAUAUCAUGGAACUGUUGAAGACAAUGAUUAAUAAGCCUUCUAUCCCUCAAACAGGGCAUGCUGACAUGCCAUUGCUUACCUGAAUGGUUGGUACUCCUACGAAGUCAUCUUCUUGCACAUAAUACAGCAUUCUUUUUGACUAUAUGAGAUAGAGGGAUUCAGGCUGUUAGGUAGUCUAAGGUACGCACUUUUACAUGCUUCAACAUCAUCGGCAUACUGUCCUCUGUUGGCUUCUUCGUGAGAGGUUUUGACAAUCAGCAAAAGCUCGAGGGUGUAUAAUGUUACUGGAUGAAACUUCAUUGUCUCUCCUUGUCAUGUUUUUGGUGCUCAUCAAUCCGUGCAUAAACACGGUUGUGUAUGCCGGCAUAUAUGCAUUCGUUGUUUACGAGAAUUAUCAUGUUAACUGGAAGGACUUGGGAAUAAUAUUAUUUACUUGCAUUCGUUUGAUUGUUUGCAGUAGUAGUUGUACAUAUCUGUACCAAAUAGUCAAACGGGACUCGCUGAUUCUUAACAUGGGACUUGCCAGAUUAUUUUUCAUGGAAGUAAAAUUUCGCAUGCAGUUACGGAAAUUGUAUCAUAUAUGAAUUUCUUUCUC